CCUGCAAAGAUAUUGCUGCACAGAAAAGGUUGUUGCGGCUAGCCGCAUAUCGUGAUUAAUGCGUGUUUCGUGUAUUCACAUUCACUAAAACUAUCGAUCCUGUCGUCACAGAACAAUUAGUCUCGCCACAGCAUUUAUUCAGCAGCCGUACGAUGGAGGUUGUAGAAUUACCAAAACUAGAGAACGACCAAAAAUCAUAUGCGGGCAUACCGGAGGCCGUGUUUGUGGACGAUGUUGAGAAGUACAUGAAGGACUCCGGCAACGAGGACAGUGUAGAGAGAGUGCUUAAAAACUUCGAUGAGCAGCACAGCAAGUAUCGUUUCAUGGAGUAUAGCAUGAUUUCUCGUAAACGUCGCCUGCGACAACAAAUCCCAGACCUAACGAAAAACCUGGAGAUGAUAAAGAUCCUACGCGACCAAUCGGACGACCAGGAGACACAGUUCCUUCUCAGCGAGCAGGUGUUUGUGAAGACCACAAUGCCCCCCACGAAAACGGUAUGCUUAUGGUUGGGGGCUAACGUUAUGCUGGAGUACCCUCUGGAUGAGGCGGAGGAGUUGUUACGUCAAAACAAAAAGUCGGCCGAGGUGAACCUGCGGUGCCUGGAGCACGAUCAGGAAUUCUUGCGCGACCAAAUCACCACUACCGAAGUCAAUAUGGCACGCGUGCACAAUUAUGAUGUUAAGAAACGGCAAGCCUUGAAGGCCUCCGGGGAGGACAAGUCGUAACAAGGAAGCAUCAAAUGUUUAAAGAAAUUGAAGCGAGGGAAAUAAAAUUGCAUUUUUGACUCUU